AUGUCUUCAUCCCAACAUGACGACCUUUUUGAUCUUUUCAAGCUGGAUGCAGUGGUAACAGACAAUUACACAACGCAUGUCGAAUAUAGAAAUGACCGAGUUCGAGGUAUACGCAAGGAAAAGAUCGAAAAUAGGUGGUAUAGAGAACGAGAUAUUGGGGAAGGCGCCUUUGGAAAAGUGUGGCUUGAAGUCAGAAGAGAUACUAAUGAUAAACGCGCGGUCAAAAGAGUCAGCAAGUUGCUGAUGCUGGACUAUAAAAAGGAACUUUUAGCGUUGGCAAAGUUCUCCAAGGACAAAUAUCAACAAGAAGGAACGUUCGUCAAAUUCUUUGGGUGGUUUGAAGAUUCAUUGAAUAUUUUCCUUGCCAUGGAAUUUCUCGAACUUGGUGAUUUAGAGCAAUAUAUCACUGCAACUGCAUCCAUUAGCGAGGAUGAAGUGAAGGAAAUAACAAUUGACGUGCUAAAUGGGCUCCAGAUAAUGCAUUAUGAAAAAUUUGCUCACCGCGAUCUUAAACCAAGCAAUAUAUUUGUUGUGCAAAAGCCACCAGAAUCAAGGUGGUGGGUGAAAAUUGGAGAUUUUGGAAUCUCGAAACGAGCUGAACAUGGUAUAACAUCAUUGCACACGGUAAUUGGCACUCCUCAUUAUAUGGCUCCUGAGAUUACUGGCGAUCUCGAUAUAGAUGAGCCAACAUCAGUAUACGAUACCGCUGUCGAUAUGUGGUCAUUGGGCUGCGUUAUAUAUAAAAUAGCAACACAGCGGGUACCAUUUUCUACUUUCAAAGACAUGAAGAAGUUCUAUUAUGGCAAAACGCCCUUUCCUGAACAAUUGCUAUUGGAGAAGGCGGCUUGCAGCGUAGACGGAGUGCGGUUUAUCAAAAAGUUAAUUCUCCCAAACCCCAAGGAUCGGUUAUCUGCCCCGAGUGCGCUUGAACAACCGUGGCUAUCA